GUGCCAGCUCAUAUCUGAUGAAAUCGGCUUUUCCACUUAUUUUUCGUCUUUAUUGUUUGAGUGGUGUGUCAGUCAUCAGACGCAACCGUUUUCAUACUUCCUUUACUUCUUCCAUUCAGAACCGCGUUUGUUUUGGCUUUACAAAUUCAUUAUUUAGGAGUUGCAGGCGUCACUUCACAUCAACUUUAUUUUGUCGUAGUUUUACUGUAGAGAAUUCGAAAGUAGUUAUGCCUGACAAAAAACCUUUCCAGCGUCUGUUGUUGGAUGCAUGUCCAGUCAACUACAGCAUUCGGCUGCAACCAAAUCUUAAAUCCUUAACGUUUGAGGGAUCCGAAGACAUUCAGGUCAAGGUUCAGAAAUCAUUGACAUCCAUUAAACUCAAUUGUUGUGAAAUUGAUGUGAAAGAAGUGAGCUAUCAGGCAGAUGGAGCUACUGACAAAAUCAGAGGAGAAAUUUCUUACACAAAAGAAGAUGAAGUCGUUACAUUUUCAUUCCCAUCUGAAAUUCAGCCUGGAAGUGGAACAUUAUCAGUGUCAUUCAGUGGAGAAUUGAACGACAAAAUGAAGGGUUUCUACCGCAGCAAAUAUACAAGCCCAGAUGGGGAGGAGAGGAUUGCAGCAGUCACGCAGUUUGAGGCCACAGAUGCCAGACGAGCCUUCCCCUGCUGGGAUGAACCCUCUGUAAAAGCAACAUUCGAUGUGACCUUGGUGGUUCCAAAGGACAGGGUAGCUUUGUCUAACAUGCCGGUGAAGUCAGAGGCUCCCCUGGGAGGAGAUACCACAUGGAAGGUGAUGACAUAUGAGCGUACACCUGUGAUGUCUACCUAUCUACUUGCAUUUGUAGUAGGAGAGUAUGAUUUUGUAGAGGCAAAAGAUGCUGAUGGAGUCCUUGUCCGAGUCUACACACCAGUUGGCAAGAAGGAACAGGGCCGAUUCGCUCUAGAUGUGGCUGUGAAGACCCUGCCAUUUUACAAGCAAUACUUCCAGAUAGCCUAUCCUCUACCAAAAAUGGACCUUAUAGCAAUAGCAGACUUUGCUGCAGGUGCUAUGGAGAACUGGGGACUUGUGACAUACAGGGAGACAGCUUUGCUUAUUGAUCCUACCACUUCAUCAGCGAAAACUCGUCAGUGGGUGGCCCUGGUGGUGGGGCAUGAGCUGGCACAUCAGUGGUUUGGAAACCUUGUGACAAUGGAAUGGUGGACUCAUCUCUGGCUGAACGAGGGCUUUGCUUCCUGGAUUGAAUAUCUGUGUGUAGACCAUUGUUUCCCAGAGUUUGACAUUUGGACACAGUUUGUAAAUCAGGACUUGGGUCGUGCACUGGAACUGGAUGCCCUUCAUAACAGUCAUCCCAUAGAGGUGCCAGUCGGCCACCCUGAUGAAGUUGAUGAGAUAUUUGAUGCUAUUUCCUACAGUAAGGGAGCAUCUGUCAUUAGGAUGUUGCACGACUACAUAGGUGAUGAGGAUUUUCGCAAGGGGAUGAAUCAGUACCUGAACAAAUUUCAGUACAGUAAUGCCUUCACUGAGGAUCUGUGGGAUGCUCUGGGAACUGCCAGUGGUAAACCUGUCCAGAAUGUCAUGUCUACAUGGACACAACAGAUGGGCUUCCCUGUGAUUAAGGUGGAGGAGAAGCAGGAAGGAGACAGCCGUGUCGUUACUCUUACUCAGGAGAAGUUCUGUGCAGAUGGUCAACUUCCAGAAAAUUGUAAAUCCAAGUGGUUGACACCAAUAACAAUGUGUAGCAGCAGCAGCCCCAAUUCACCUGUCAAACGCAUCCUCAUGGAAGACAAGACAACAACGGUAACUGUGGAGAAUGUCAAGACUGGAGACUGGGUCAAGCUGAACAGUGGUACAGUGGGAGUUUAUCGUGUACAGUACUCUCCAACCACUUUGGAGACAUUGAUCCCUGCAGUGCAAGACCGUAGCCUCCCACCUAGAGAUAGACUGGGACUACAAAGUGACCUGUUUGCUUUGGCUAGAGCAGGCAUGCUGUCAUCAGUUGAUGCUCUGAAGGUGGCCAGUGCCUUUGUGAAUGAAGACAACUAUACUGUGUGGAGUGAUCUGUGCAUGAGUCUAGGUGGUCAGGGCCUGCUGCUGCAGUACACUGAUGCUGAGCAGGCAUACAAGAACUUCUGCCUCAAUCUCUUCAAAAAUGUGUAUCAGACAGUUGGCUGGGAGGCCAAGGAUGGAGAAAGCCCUCUGAAUGCCAUGCUGAGGGACUUGGUGCUGACGAAGAUGGGUCGUUGUGGUGACAGUGAUGUUGUGGCAGAGGCUAACAAAAGAUUUGAUGCCCAUGUGUCUGGAACCACACCAUUAUCAGCUAACCUUAGGUCACCGGUCUAUAUCACAGUGCUGUCCAAUGGAGAUGAAGACACCUAUAAUAAAAUGCUUCAGCUAUACAAUGCAGCAGAUAUGCAAGAGGAGAAAGUACGCAUCAGCAGAUCUCUGGGCACCAUCAAAUCUCCAGAACUCAAAAAGAAAGUUCUCCAGUUUGCCAUGUCUGAUAAGGUGCGUUCCCAGGACACCGUCUUUGUGAUUGCUGGGAUAACAGGAUCAGUGGAGGGUCGAGAAAUAGCUUGGCAGUUUGUCAAGGAUAACUGGACAGAUCUUCACAGUCGCUACAAGGGUGGCUUCUUACUAUCAAGGCUUGUCAAGUCUACCACAGAGAACUUUGUAACAGAAGAUAAAGCCAAGGACAUAGAGAAAUUUUUUGAAGAACAUUCUGCACCUGCUGCCGAAAGAACCAUUCAACAAUCCUGUGAAAACAUUCGCCUCAAUGCCAAAUGGAUGCAACGCGACUCAGCCAAUGUCUCAGAGUUUUUGAAAAGUCUGAAAUUCUGAUUUGCUGACUAAAUCAAAGAUGUUGGUUCAAAACCAGAAACCUUGAACCAAAUUGAACUGUAUAAGAACCAGAAGUUUAAAGGUGUGAAACGGUCUUGAAAAGAUUUUCAAAUUUUCACAUUGAAGACAAUUAUCGUUGUUGUGCAUUACCUAAUCCAGAACAGAGUGCUGAUCAAUCAUUGUGUUUUUAUAAUGAAUAAGAUUGAGACUUGUUUCUGUUUAUUGGUUGUAGGACUGGAAGUUGUGAUCAACCUCAAAACAACACAAAUAAUUGUAUAUGUCAUCUCUGAUAGGUUUUUCAUUGUUGUGACAUCUUUUGAAACACAAAAUAUUAAAAUAACUACAUGGACAUUAACAUCAAUAACUGUAACAAUGAAAACCUGCAAUGAAAGCUGACUGAGAAUUUCCAAAAUAUUUUCUGAAGACAAAGCUGUAUACAAUGAAAUAUACACAAUAAGAACUGGGAUCUCUCCAAGGUUAUGACAAAUUUUGGUUUACUUUACAUAUAGGAAAUAGAAUAACUUCAAUUAUAGACAAAUGUAGGCUUCAUUUACAAACAGGAACUAGGAUCACCUUUUUUAUUUAAAACAGGUAUUGCAUUAACUAAGGUACAUUUUUUUGUUUUGUUUUUUGGUUUUCAUUUUAACAUCUGAACAAUUUCUGCAUUAAGGCAUCCUUAUGUAUUUCUUCCUUAUUUACGGUUACCAACAAACCAACAAUGCCUGUUACAGGACACUAAUCACAAAGAUUCAGAUCAGGAAUGAAGAUUUGUGAGUGUGUUUGGUCCAUCACACAUAGAAAUUUUUAUCAGUCAGAAAAUAUUUUCUCACAUUAGAUUGAUAUCCAAUUACUCUAAUACAGUAAAUAUGAUUUGCAUUAUAGAUAAAACAUCUGGUAGCUAUAUUUUGGGUCCAAAUUUUGUUAGUGAUUCUUAGCACUAUAACAUAAAUUGUUACUAGGAUUGACUUUCUAAAAGCUUUGUACAAUUUGAAUUAUUUUUCAGCAACAUUUGUUUUUUCAUCUGUUUUUGUGUCGCCUGCAGAGCUUGCAAACACUUAGGGAUCACUUUGUCCAUCAUCCGUAUGAAAGCUUUCCAGACUUUUUUCUGUAAUGCUUUGAGUUAUCAAAACUAAAUUUGGCAUAUGGCUUUUUGUUGCAAGGGUUCAGAUUAAGUUCAAUUCCCGGCUGUCUGUGACCCUUUUUGGCAGAGUUAUGCCCCUUUCAACUUAGAAAAUUUCCUGGGAAUAUUGUUUUCUGGACUUUUUUGGCUUAUGCUUUGAGUUAUUGAAAUGAAAUUUGGUAUAUGGCUUCUUGUUGCAAGGGUACAGAUUAAGUGUAAUUCCCGGUUGUCUGUGAUCCUUUUUGGCAGAGUUAUGCCCCUUUCAACUUAGAAAAUUUCUCAGGAAUAUUGCUUUGCGCAGUUUUCCCUUUAUGCUUCAAGUUAUAGAAAUGAAAUCUGGUAUUACAACUUUAUGAGUGAUCGUUGCACAUCCAGUUCAAUUUCUGGGUGACCGUGACACUUUAUGCAGGCAACACAUACACUUCCGAGGAACUCUUGUUCAAUCUUAGUAAUCCCAUUUUUUUAUAUUGAUUCCAGUAGUCUGCAUGUUGAUGACAAACUAAUGUCUUAUGAAUACCUUAGACAGCAUAAUUAAGUACUUAAACAGUCUUUGACUUGAAAUAAUGUAUCAUCAUGCAUUUAAUGCCUUAUUUACCACACUUGUGAGCUGAUUUUCCAAUUUUUUCAUGUGCCCACCAUUUCAUGUAUGACAUUCCAUCAUAAUUUUGUUUCUGCCAUUUUACUCUUUUUAAAGGUAACAUAUACAGAACUUUAAUUUGGUAUGAGACACAGAUACAGAACUUUAAUGUGGUAUGAGACACAGAUACAGAACUUUAAUGUGGUAUGAGACACAGAUACAGAACUGUAAUUUGGAAUGAGAACCAUAUAUAGAGAAGUGUAAUUUGGUACGAGAUACAGAUAUAGAAUUGUAAUUUGACAUGUAGUUGUAUAAUAUAAAUAUUCAGGUCAAGUUAUUGUCAAUAAUUUAUUUUAUCAAGGUUUAUAGCCAUUUAACUGCAAACAAUUUUGAUAAGAAUUACCCAAGUAAGAUCAUUGCCAUAAUUGAAAAACGUUGACUAAAUCCAAUGGGAAUUUAGAUAAUAAAAAUUUCAAAAAUGCAAUUUCCAAUUUUCUCCUUGGCUUUAGAUUGGGGCAAUCAUGUUAUAAAAUGAAAACUUGUUAUAUUUCAUAAGUUGAGACUAGAGUUGAGAUGUUCUUGCUCCGGCAAAAGCCCGAGUGAGUAGGGGUCCCGCCAGUGGAGACUAGUCUCACUCCUGUCUUGCUGUCAAGAACCAAUCCAUACUGGCUAGAAAGGUGGUGGUAUUUAUACUAGCCAUGUUAAUUAACUGAUGAAGUACUAAUACACAUUGGCUUACUGGUAAACAUGGAUUGAAGUAUACAUGAGUUGCCGACAAGAUCUUGCACACAUAAAUGGCAAUAGAUUCGGCUGUUUACAACAAGAUAAGGUUAUACUGACCAUCAUACAAACUGCUUAGAUAGGCUUCAGAUAAUGACUUAUAUAAUCAGGCAACGAACUAAUAUAUGAGCAUGUGUAGUAGAUCGGUAACGACAGAAUACCUCUGGCCACUGGUCAAUGCAUAAUUGUUCACAGUAGAUGUCAGUAAUAAAUUAACACAGGCAAAUACAUUAUGAUGAAACAUCUGACUUAUGUCUAGCAUAAUUUUGAAUAAUUUAAUCUUACAUAUUAAUUUUUAAUAGUUCAGUUACUUUGACAGGUCUGGUUCAUUUCAGAAAUAUAACCACUGCUACGUUACAGAAAAGACAAAGCUGUACUUAAUUUACACUGAUUAGGGUGUGUACCAAAUUAAUUUGUCUCUUAGAUUUGAAACAUUGUAUCUAUUAUGAUGUCUUUUGUUUUUCUUAAUUUGCAGUUGGUUUCAUAUUGCUCUUAAACCUGUAACUGAAUAUUAAAGUGCUGAUAUGACA